AUCGUCAGCACUUGCAGACCACUUACUUGCAUCGAGAGGACCUCUGAAAGCAUCUUUGGUAAUAGCACUCGUCACAAUGUUGUCUUUGGCUGUUAUUCUACUGAUUAGUGUGGCUGGUGCGAUAGCAGCACCAUGGACUGCUCCGGCUAACCUAGGUCUCAGUGCCCUCGGUGCCAACGGUGGCCUCGGCUUCGGACGCGGACUCGGAUACGGACGCGGACUCGGAUACGGGCACGGACUCGGAUACGGCCGCAGGUUCGGUGACGGAUGCCGCGGAUUGGGAUGCGGUGUACGCCGCGUGAGGCUUGCUGGUCUCCGUGGCGUCGGUAUCCAUGGACUUGGACGUCGCGGUCUCGGUGGUCUUGGAGCUCACGGCGCUAUUGCUGGCGUCGGUAUCCAUGGACUUGGACGUCGCGGUCUCGGUGGUCUUGGAGCUCACGGCGCUAUUGCUGGCGCCUACACCGCUCGUGGCGCCAACAUCGGUCUCAACAACGCCUUCGAGGGCAGCGAUGAAUUCGUCGGAGUCGGUAACUUCAACUUCCAGGGAGCCAAAGGUAAGGCCGCAAGCCACGUCCCAGCGGGAGCCGCCCCGGCCACCGCCCCGGCCGUGAUUGGACGCCAGUGGGGAGCUGGAUCUGCCCGCCAAUGGCAGGCUGCUUCUGCCGACCGUGCUGCCUCUGGUAGCGGCGUUGCCGCCUCUGCCCGCCAGGCUAGCCGCACUGCCCAACAGGAGGCGCAGGCCAGCUUCACCCAGAAUGCCGUCAGCCAGGGAGCCGGAUCUGCCGGAGCCGCCUACGCUUUCGCCAGGAACAUCCCGUACAACGGCAUCCAGGCUGUCGGCGUCGCCCCCGCCAACCCACAGGUCGGAGCUGCCGAUAUUUCUGUGCCCGCCAACCAGGGGGGUGACGUCAUCGUUGCCGACGGAGCUGCCGGUAUUUCUGUGCUCGCCAACCAGAGGGGUGACGCCAGCGUUGCCGACGGAGCUGGUUACGGCGAUGGUGGCUACGGCAGCAGCGCCGGCUAUGGCGCCAAGGCUGGAUAUGGUUAAACGCAGAGAAGCAAGCGCAUGCGUAAGGCCACUACCAUCGUGCCUACCCCCCCCCGAUGACGACUCUUACCAACUUUGAGAUUCCGAUAGAAGAGAUAACCGUGAAUGAUUUUUAAUUGGUCCAUGAUGCUCGCUACAA